AUGCGACUAAUCUUCGCCACCGGCUUGAUUCUGGCCUUCUGCCGAGACGUUGCCCACGCCAACACCGAAAAGGUCAUCUUCCUUGGCCCAGACACGAUAAACGUGCCGAACAUGCCGCCGACCAUUGAGGACCUUCGGCUGGAUGUUCUCACACCUGAUGAUUGGAUCAAGCGACUCGACCUCAAGGCUGCAUUUCCAUCUGAGGACGCGCCCUCGGGAACGACUACUUGGUUACUGCUCAAUGACCUUAGUCAAGGCCAGCGUUACGAGCUGAGAGUUUGCUGGGCGGCGACACAACCCACAACUUUCACACUCGAUGUUUUUGAUUUAUCUACUGUGUGGGAUACACCUGAACUGAUUUCGUCAUUGGCGACCUACGCGUUUUCCCGCCAGCUCGAACAAGACAACUCUGGCGCUGGGGACAAGCUAAUGCAAAAAAAGACGCACGAGCAUGAAGCCUCGCUGCUCUUUCUCCGAGUUCUGGCGGCAGCUAACUACUUCACGGACAAUGCCACACUCAUCGCUCAAGCCGAGCCUGUCAGCGUUGACCUUAUUCUCGACCCGUUCUUGCUCAAUGCUUUACCACGGUCACUACUGCCCACCGUUGUUUACAUCGUCGCCGUGGCGAUCUUGGCUUGGUUUCUAUCUAGACGCAUUCUUGUUUGGAUUCAACCUGUGCUCGCCGCAGAAGGCAAGUCCGCGGAAAAGAAGAAGAAGAGGCUAUGA